UUGGUAAUAGAGAUUGUUAACAGCAUCUUGUAAAAAGCACUCUACCACUUAAAGGAAAUGGAGACUCAGUAUUCCCAAGAAAGUGCUAUGACUUUCCAAAGGUCCUGCACUGGCAACUGUAUGAAAUGUCUAUGACCUUGCUAGUUAGUAGACUCAUAAGCUUUCUGGACUUAUGAUCUUCUGGAAGUACUGAUGCUUUAGCUAGCUAUUCAAACUGCAUUUAAUAAGGCAAUCACUGAAACUUCCCAGACCUUAGCAGCACUCCCAAAGCAAUGAUUAUGAGCACUUUUUUAUAUGACACUUAGUCUCUUGAACUGGAUAUUAGACCCUAAAGAUCGCAGGAAAAAGCAGGUGAUGGGUCUGCUCAACAGAUUAUUUGUGAAGCCCAAACAGUCAAAUAGGCGUUGGUACAGAGAACUGUAAACACUUUUUAAAAUAUUAUGGACACAUCAUGCCUAAUAUUGUCAAACUACAAAAGACAUAUUAAUAGCUUCAAAUUAUGGCAUUGCAACUUAAAAGUCUUCGCUCUUUGAAAACGUGGCAGUCAGCACAUGAACAGGAUGUCUUCUUUUGUCCUGAAAGAUGUGGUCACAAUGCAGUUUGUAUAAAUGAUGAACUAUUGAUUUGGGGAGGAUAUAAUGAUACACCUAAUCUAGGAUCAACUUACUGUGAAAAAGAUCUACUUUGGAAUUACAAUCUGGACAUGGAUAUCUGGACCUGUGUAAAAACUAGAGGACUGAUACCAAAGAAUAGAUCAGGUGCCAUAAGUGCAUUAAUUUGGCCAUUCUGGUACAUACUGUGUGGUCAUGUCUUUGAAGGGGACACUAAUGAUAUACAUAGGUUGAAUCUUGUUACUCUCGUAUGGGAGAAACUUAACCCUUCAGGACUUCUAAUAUCUCCACGAGACAAAGCUUCAUCAUGGGUCUACAGAAAUAGAAUAUACUGUUUUGGUGGUUUUGGCUCACGACCAACCAAUUGUCUUUGGAAUGAAGAAUAUGAUAAAUAUACACUGGAAAUGUUGAACAAUAGAGGUUGGAAUGAUCAACUAUUGUAUUUUGAUGCAGAGAAACUUGAAUGGGUUUUGGUUCAAUGCAAGGGAAACAAACCUAAAGGUAGAGCAGCUCACUCUACUGUAUGUGUUGACAGUACAGUCUACUUGUUUGGAGGGCGUCAUCAGACUCAAAGAAUGAAUGAUCUGCAUUGCCUAAAUUUAGAAUCCCAGACAUGGAGUGGAAGCAAAUAUUGUAGAGGAAAUCUCCCUAUAGAAAGAUCCUGGCACAGUAUGACUGCUAUUAACAAGUCAGAACUAAUUAUGUAUGGAGGCUUCAGUAAUGACAAUGUUCCACUUGAUGAUCUAUGGUUACUGGAUGUGCAAUCUUUUACCUGGACUCUUUUGGUGCAUGGCACAGGUCAACCUAGAUUGUGGCACAGUGCAUCACUUAAUAUGUAUGGGGAUAUUUUAAUCUAUGGUGGUUGUUGCAGUAACAUUCUGGAGGACACAGAAAGAUUGAUCACCAGUGACCAGGUGAUUGUACUUAGAAGAACUCCAUUCACACUGGAGAGGCUCUGUUUGCAUGCUGUGUACAAAAAUAAAAAGGUAACUAAAGAAGGAUGGGAUACCUUACCACGUUUGCUCAAAGAAUGGCUUCAUUUAAAAUUGCAGAUUACCAACCAUAUGUUUGCUUAUAAAAGUAAUGCUAUAUCUUUGCUUGGUCCAAAUGUAACACAGCUAACAGUACUUACUGUUGAUGAAGCAGAGCAGCUUAAUAAGGAAGAGCUGCUUUAAAUUGUAUCAUCAUCAAUAUUUUCUUGAGUGUCGCUAGCAUAAUCUAUGGAAUGAUGAUACUAAUAUAUAGAUUUAUAGUAUUGUGUAUAGACUUUUAUUUACGUUUAAUUUGAAACAUUGAGAGUUGAGCAGCAUUUAUAAAAGUGUUACUUAUUAGUUUCAUUGUAGAUUCUUUCAGAAAUGCUUUUAAACAUAUCUUUUUUUGUUAUGAUCUUUGAUUGAUUGAUAUUCUUAAUUGAUUUCACUUUUUUAUUCAUUAAUUUCUUUAAAAGUAAACCAGAUUUUAACAUCUCAUGAUUCUGAUUAAAACUCAAAUGUUGAACUAUA